AUGGAUUAUCCAAGACUAUCUCUGCUAGGCCUACCGCGCGAAUUGCGCAAUCAUAUUCUGGCGUACUUGGUCUUCGCCUCGCGCAACGAACCGAUCAGUCCGCUAUUCCCAGACAAACGUACCAAAGGCCCACAGGGUAUCAUGCUGCCAUCAAAUACGGCAUUGUCUCGUCGUUCGCGAAUACCGAACAUCAAUCACCAGCUACGCGAGGAGAUCCAGCAACAAGUCGACACCCUGUACAAGACCGGCAACGCCAUCACAGAAGUAGAUGUCAUGGUCAAAGGCUACCUGCUUUGGCCUACUUGGACGAAACAACCGAUCAUACUUCAGCGUGGGAAGUCAGCAGAUAUGAACAUGAAACUACGCAUCUUCAGUACGGAGAGCUUACAGCCGCGGAAUACGUGGCCAGGAACCGCUGGAGCAGGACUCUGCGGUCUGUAUACUCUGCUCAACAUGUUUCUCCGCUACGGCACCAGUACUGCAUGGUCACACCCAGCUGCUGGAUUUGAGCAAGAGGCCUAUUGUAUCGACACUCUCACUAUCAAGGUUAUCUUCGUAGAUAUCUACACCCCUGAUACGUGGCCGGGCACGAUAGCGGAAAUUGUUGCGAAGCUGAAAGUCUUUGCUACUGCUGGCAUACCAUAUCCAUACGUGAGAAAGUUGCGGCUUGAGUGUGACUAUCUUCGGAGGGAUGAGCAAGUCUUGGUGACAAGUCAGUGGGAAGUGAAGGAGAGAACAGAGCUUGUGUCGCUGAAUGAAUGGGACGAUGCUUGUGUGCUUUUCUAUGGACGACAAGGACCGUGA